AGAAUUGCAUUGAUUUAUUUAUCUGUUAAAAGUUAUGUAAGUUAAGGGUUUUAGAAUCUUGUGCAAUCACUUUCAAGGGAUCUUCUAUAUAAGAAAGGAGUUAUCACUUACUAGGGACUUUUUAAUUAGUAAACUCACCAUUUAUUAUUCACAGAGCAGUUGAUUAGGUUAAAUGGAAGUUACCAAUAACACCGCUGCUUUGGUUAUGAUGAGCACCGAAAUGGCAAAAACCAACUACUCAAGAAAUGAUUUUAAUGAAACUAUUGAGUUAGUGGAGGACAUUCUGCAAUUAAAUAAAGAAUUUAAGCCUAUCAUCGAUUACUUGCUCCUCACUAUAUUGAUCAUCAUUAUGCUAGCGAUGGGCUGCGAAAUUACAUGGACUCAGCUCAAGAGCCACAUCUUGAAACCCAUCGGUAUAGGAAUUGGGAUGGUGAGUCAGUUCUUCAUCAUGCCUCUAACUGCAUAUUCCUUAAUGCGAAGCAUCAACGUAACUGGACUUUAUGCCACGGGAGUACUUAUCAUUUCCUGCUGUCCGGGUGGUGUGCUGUCGAACGUAUUUACCUACCUAUGCGACGGGGACCUGUCUCUCAGCGUUGCUAUGACCACUUUUUCAACUCUGUUGGCAAUGGGGAUGAUGCCUUUAAACAUAUGGAUUUAUGGUCGAAGUUUCGAAACAGAAGACUUAGUUCUACCUUAUGGAAAUCUUGCUUUGUCACUUAUAGCUAUUACGACGCCUGUAGGUGUGGGUAUGAUUCUUCGAUGGAAGUGUCCCAGAAUAGCUUCUCUAGUCACUAAAUUUGGAAGUUAUACCGGUAUCCUUAUCGUAAUUGCCUGCAUUGUCAUGGAAGUCAUUGUAUUCCCAAACAUGUUUACCGGAGUGCCUGGGAAACUGUACGGUGUUGUGCUGUCUCUUCCAAUGUUGGGAGUAUCAUUAGGAUAUGUGCUGGCUUUCUGCUUCAGGCAAAAUAUGCCUGUGAGGAAAACUAUAGCAAUAGAAUGUGGAAUACAGAAUGUGCCAACAGCUCUAACGAUCGUCUCCUUAUCGUUUAAAGAAGAGCUGCAAGGAGAUAUCAUUUUACUUCCUUGGCUAUAUGGAUUUGCAAUGAUGAGUGGAUGCACAGUCAUAUGCAUUGCCUACAGGAUUUACAAGCGAUAUUUAGCUUACAAAUCGAAGAAAGAAGAAGCCUUCCAACUAGAAGCGCAAGAUAAUCUUCCAACUCAAAACGCUGUCUGAUGUGAAGUACUAAAUAAGAGACUGGAGUUUUCCAUGCAUUCAUUUUCACCUGUAAAUUUUACGCACAAUCAAAGUAAACGUAUAGAGCUUUUUAUAUUUGCUUCAAUGCUUUUAUGUAAAAUAAAGCAUUCUUUUUUUAAAAAAAA